GGCUGACCCAGAUCACGUGGCUCAUAGUGGCCAGGGCGGCACAACGUCCGUAGACUAAUCCCUAAGUAAGAAAUGGGCUUGGCGCGCGCGGUUCGCGUUGCGAGGACUUUAUCGCGUCGGGGCAAAUACACCUGGACUGGCUGCAAACUACAGCCAACUGCAGCUCAAUUUCAUCAUUUGUAGCUUACAGACACGUAUCAGAAACAUCCAGCUCUGGUUCGUUUACAUUCAACAGUGAUGUCCAACGACGUGGACGAAGAUGGCUACAAUGAUAGCAACCGCGCAUUUCUUCAGGCAUUUCUGGCGCGUUCGACUAUGACUUUCGAAGAAGCCAAGCCUGUGCUAGCAGCGAUCUUUUCAACUCAUGAACGCCGCCCGGUUCUUCCAGAGGAUGUCACACAAGCGGAUCUGUCUUCAUACAUCGCCGCGGCGAAUACAGCCAUAUCUCCCUUUGACCUGGAGAUCCGGAGCACGUUGCAUCAGUUGCCUGAUGAUAAUGGGACCAACGGCGGCAGUCACCGCGUCUACGCUCUCGUAAACACUACCAGCGACCCCCUUACCCAACUUGCGACAACAUAUACAGCAGAUGAGAUUGCCUUUGUGAAGCGUAUUUUGGAUGCAAUAUUUGACACGUACAACACGCGGCGAUCAGAAGCUAUGGUUGUGACUGGGAUGCAAGCCGUGCAGCUGGCAAAAGUAUCUUCCGCAGACAGGCGGGAGUCGGCGGCGACGCAGCAGCCUCAAGGCGGAGCAGCACAGUCGUUGACGAUGCAGCAGGCCGAGUCAGUCAUGAAGCGACUCUUGGAUGAAGGAUGGCUCGAGAAGAGUAGAAAGGGGUUCUACUCGUUAAGUCCUCGUGCUCUCAUGGAACUAAGAGGCUGGCUGGUUGCAACGUAUAAUGAGGAAGACGACGAGGGACGACGGGUCAACAAGAUAAAGUUCUGCGCAGCUUGCAAGGAUAUAAUCACUGCCGGCCAGCGUUGUGCUAACCGUGACUGCCUGGGACGACUUCACGAUAUCUGUAUGCGAAACUUUUUCCGUAUGCAGCAGGCUGAGAAGUGCCCUGUAUGCAAGGCCGACUGGCCACACAAUAAAUUCGUCGGAGAGAGGGCCAUUACGACUACGGAGCAGUACCAGCAAGGAAAGAGACGCAGUGGGAACACCCAACGCGUGAGCAAUGCUACCGCCAGUGCAUCCGCUAUUGAAGGAGACGAGCAAGAGGAAGACGCGGAAGGUGAAGCGGAUUGAAGUUGAACUUAGUAUCUACAGAUACUAUUUUCUUGCGACUCGCUCGACCCGGCUUGAUACGAUACCCAGAAGUGUAAAAACCACAGCGAGAUGGACAUCCCUCCUGAUAUAGGAUAGUUUCUAGGUCGGACAGUUCCCUGGAUGCCCGACAUCGGAUGAUAGCUCCUCAGUCAGCAGAGCCUUGCUAGCGGCCAAUUACACCGGAACAGCCGGGAUGCAGG